GAUAUCAGUAAAUAUUUGCUUUCCUUCCUCUAUUCUUCUGUUCACAGUGUUUGCUUCAUCGUGUCAGGUUCUACUUUGUGUCGUAAGGUGGACGCCAGCUGCUAUCAAGGACAUAAGCUUCCUGGAUUAUACACAGUGGGAACAGGAGUUCAGAGGGAAGGGACAGCCACCUCCACGGAUCAUGGACUGGGACAGGGGCAGUGAUGGUGCAUGGAGUUGGUGGUUCCAAGAUUUUAUUCAUGAUGACUUUAGGAAGAGAAGUGAGGUCUCCUCUUCAAGCCAUGUCUUCCUAUACUGUGGCUGGCAGAAAUGUUUUACGAUGGGAUCUUUCACCAGAGCAAAUUAAAACAAGAACUGAGGAGCUCAUUGUGCAAACCAAACAGGUGUACGAUGCUAUUGGAAUGCUUGACAUUGAGGAAGUAACUUAUGAGAACUGUUUGCAGGCCUUGGCAGAUGUAGAGGUGAAGUACAUAGUGGAGCGAACCAUGCUAGACUUUCCUCAGCAUGUCUCUUCUGACAAAGAAGUGCGGGCAGCAAGUACAGAAGCAGACAAAAGACUUUCUCGUUUUGAUAUUGAGAUGAGCAUGCGAGAAGAUAUAUUUCUGAGAAUUGUUCAUUUACAGGAAACAUCUGAUCUGAGUAAGAUAAAACCUGAAGCCAGGAGAUACUUGGAAAAGUCAAUUAAAAUGGGAAAAAGGAAUGGGCUCCAUCUUCCAGAACAAGUUCAAAAUGAAAUCAAAGCAAUGAAGAAAAGAGUGAGUGAGCUAUGUAUUGACUUCAACAAAAACCUCAAUGAGGAUGAUACCUUCCUUGUAUUUUCCAAGGCUGAACUUGGUGCACUUCCUGAUGAUUUCAUUGACGGUUUAGAAAAGACAGAUGAUGACAAGUAUAAAAUUACCUUAAAAUAUCCACACUAUUUUCCUGUCAUGAAGAAAUGUUGUAUCCCUGAGACCAGAAGGAAGAUGGAAAUGGCUUUUAAUACAAGGUGCAAAGAGGAAAAUACCGUAAUCCUGCAGCAGCUACUCCCACUGCGGGCCAGAGUAGCCAAACUCCUUGGCUACAGCACACAUGCCGACUUUGUCCUUGAAAUGAACACUGCAAAGAGUACCAGCCACGUAACAGCCUUUCUAGAUGACUUAAGCCAGAAAUUAAAACCGUUGGGUGACGCAGAGCGAGAAUUUAUUUUGAAUUUGAAGAAAAAAGAAUGUGAAGAGAGAGGUUUUGAAUAUGAUGGGAAAAUCAAUGCCUGGGAUCUACAUUACUACAUGACUCAGACAGAAGAACUCAAGUACUCCAUCAAUCAAGAGAGCCUCAAGGAAUACUUCCCAAUUGAAGUGGUCACUGAAGGCUUGCUGAACAUCUACCAGGAGUUGUUGGGGCUUUCAUUCGAGCAGGUGGCAGAUGCUCAUGUGUGGCAUAAAAGUGUGACACUUUACACUGUGAAGGACAAAGCCACAGGAGAAGUUUUGGGACAGUUCUACUUGGACCUCUAUCCAAGGGAAGGAAAGUACAACCACGCAGCCUGCUUUGGUCUCCAGCCUGGCUGCCUCCUGCCUGAUGGGAGCCGCAUGAUGUCCGUGGCUGCCCUUGUGGUGAACUUCUCGCAGCCAACAGCAGCUCGUCCCUCUCUCCUGAGGCAUGAUGAGGUGCGAACUUACUUCCACGAAUUUGGUCAUGUCAUGCAUCAGAUUUGUGCACAGACUGAUUUUGCACGAUUUAGCGGAACAAAUGUGGAAACCGACUUUGUAGAGGUACCAUCACAAAUGCUUGAGAACUGGGUAUGGGACAUGGAGUCCCUCCGAAGAUUGUCAAAACAUUAUAAAGAUGGAAGCCCCAUCAUGGAUGAUCUGCUUGAAAAACUUGUUGAUUCCAGACUGGUCAACACAGGUCUUCUGACCUUACGUCAGAUUGUUUUGAGCAAAGUUGAUCAGUCUCUCCACACCAACACAUCGCUGGACGCCGCAAGUGAAUAUGCCAAAUACUGCACAGAGGUUUUAGGUGUUGCAGCCACCCCAGGCACAAAUAUGCCAGCUACUUUUGGACAUUUGGCAGGGGGAUACGAUGGCCAAUAUUAUGGAUACCUUUGGAGUGAAGUAUUUUCCAUGGACAUGUUUUACAGCUGUUUUAAAAAAGAAGGAAUAAUGAAUCCAGAGGUUGGAAUGAAAUACAGAAACCUAAUCCUGAAACCUGGGGGAUCUCUGGACGGCAUGGACAUGCUCCAGAAUUUCUUGAAACGUGAGCCAAACCAGAAAGCGUUCCUAAUGAGUAGAGGCCUGCAUGCUCCUUAAACUGGGGAUCUUUGGUAGCAGUCCAUGUCUGGAGGAGAAGUUGACAUCACUAUGUGUCACUGGCCUGAAAACUGAAGGGAGUUUUGCAAAUGAAAGUUUAGAUUUCUAUUGACUGCCUUUUGUUUUUCGAUUUGAAAAAUUUUGCAGAUGUAAAUGGAAUUAUAAAUACCAUGACCUAAGAAAAUACCCAUUAGAAAAUAAUUGUACUAUAAAAUUUCAUAAAAAUGGA